CUUUGGUUCUCAAACAAAUGGUUCUCAAUAAACCCAUUGGUUUAAAACUUCUCUUCUCCUAAACCAUUCUCUACUUCCUUUUCAUUUCCUCCAAACAGACCUCUCAAUUUCUACUCAAGCUCUCAUUUCUUUAUCUUCUUCUGUUUGGUUGUGUUUCUUUCUUUAUCAGAAUUUUGUUUCUGUUGUGUCAUUUUCUCUAAAAAUCUCUCCAUGGAUUUGUUUAAAUUAACAUCAAGCUCUACCAAAAACAUCUCACAAUCCUUCGUUAACAAAAAUCACCUCCGCAGCGUGAACUAUUCUGAAGGAAUCUAUCUACGCAAAAUCACAGAAUCAGAUAUAAGCCCGAAUCCCAUCAUCAUCACGCCACACGAAAACCUUUACUUGGGAAGAAAGAAAGCAGAAGAAGAAGGCGAAAUCGAUGUUUUUGGAGCGGAAAAGUACUUCAACCAUGUGGAUGAUGAAAAUCUUAAAGUUGGAGCAAUCAAGUACAAGUAUGCUAAGGACGAACAAUCGGUUGAAAUAGGCCUUGUGAAGCCCAAAAUUCAACCAGGAACUCCAAGUAUUUAUUCGGAAUCAAGUUCGAAUAUCCAAAAUGUAUUAUUGCAAAAUGUUGUGAGAAAUUCGCCCCGGAGAAACGCUAAGAAGAUACAUGGCAAGAAGGGUCUUCUUGCCUGUCUCGCGUGCAAUUGUUCUUGCAACGACAGGGACUCUGUUGAAACUGAUGAACAAUUUAGUGAAAGUAAGUCAAAGACAAGAGAUGGAACGGUUUCAAAAGAACAUAUCGAGAAUGGCCACCACACGGUUGAUUUAGCCCAAAUCAAUGCAUCCCGGUUGCAUUGCAUGAAGAUUGAUGAGGUGGGAAAUGGUUUCACUUUCCCAAUCUUGAAUUCGAAGGCCGAAAAUCUAGCAAUUAAAGCGCGUUUACAAGAACACGACGACGAUGAUGACAAACAGAGAGAGUUUUUUGAGGUGUUUGGAUCCCCGGUAUUGGAGAAGAAAAUCCAGGCAGGGUCUGAUGGAAUAAUAAUACACACCGAUGCUGAAAGCGAUGCAAGUUCUGAUUUAUUCGAGAUUGAGAGCUUAAAAAACAAUCCUAAUUACCCAUAUUUACUAAGACAGGCCUCGGAUGGGAUGUCCAGUUGUGUCACGCCGACGAAUUGUUAUGCGCCAAGUGAGGCAAGCAUAGAGUGGAGCGUUGGCACGGCCAGCGCUGUUGAUUUUUCAGCAAUGUCUGACACCGCGGACCUAAUAACGUCCUCGGAAGUCGUGACAAAAGCCCAAAAAAUGGGUCUGAAUGAGAAAACUGGGGUUAGUAAAGAAGCAGACAGGCAGCGUUCUGGCAUACUGUCGAGUUGUAAGAGCCAUAAAGCUGUCAGAGUCGCAGGAGAUGCUUACCGGACAAAUGGAAAGGCGAACCCUGACCCGCGAACGCACGGUCGCGAGUUGGGCUCGUUUGGACCGGUGACACAGUUACAACCGGAAAAUUAGCUGACAAGCAUUGAUUUUGAUGCACACUCGCUCUCCUGCUCACACUCUGCGCGUGCUUCCGCGCUUUUUGCGCAUUGGGUAAUAUAGAAUUCGAUUACUAAGUAUGAUCGAUAGAUAUAUUAUCGGUAGGGUUGAUGGGUUUUUAGAAAAUAAAUCUGUUUUGCUACUUACUAUCACCAAUGUCUUCAUUGUUGAUUAUGAGUGAAGUUUUAACCUAAGAAAUUGAUGGUUUGGAUGUGCCUAUUUUUUUGGUUUAAUACACAACGGGAUUGUUUUCAGUUUCGCCGAACAACGUACACGGCAAAGUUGCUUUUUGAA